AUGGAGGCAGGGACCUUGGAGGAUGUGGCUGUGAACUUCACCACAGAGGAGUGGGAUUUGCUAAAUCCAUCCCAAAAGAAGCUCUACAGAGAUGUGAUGUGGGAAACUUUCAGGAACAUGGCUGCUGUAGGAAGAGCCUGGGACAACCAGGAAAUUGAAGAAGAGUACAAAAGUUACCAGAGAAAUCUAAGAAAUGAAGAGGUAGAGAAAUGCUGUUGA